AGCCCUGGAUUACCAAGCGUGUAACGGAAAUAUUGGGGUUUGAAGACGAUGUGGUUAUUGACUUCAUUUUCAACCAGCUGGAAGUGAAGGCCUGAACCAAAAUGGAAGUUAUUCCUUGCGUGUGAAGUAUAGCACCAUCAACUAAUUAGGGCACAGCAGAGUGAGUGUCCAUUGUCGCUCUGACCCAACUCUUGAUGAUGCAGUGUGUGUUCUGGAGAUAAAUGAUAUAACAUUAUACUCAAGGUGGUUGAGUUGCUGUAGGCAGUCGGAAGCAAGCCAAGCGAACACCUUUCUCUCCAGGGGGACUUGGAGAUACCCAAAACCUCCCCCAAGGUUCCAAGAAGAAGCUGAAGACUGCUGGAAUCUGUACUUUGUGCUGAUGCAAUAACCCAGACUCCAAAAUGAUGCAGAUUAACCUGACUGGCUUUUUAAAUGGCAAGAAUGCCCGUGAAUUUAUGGGAGAGUUAUGGCCACUUCUUUUGAGUGCUCAGGAAAAUAUUGCUGGUAUCCCAACAGCAUUCCUUGAACUAAAGAAAGAAGAAAUAAAGCAGAGACAAAUUGAACAAGAGAAGUUGUCAUCUCUGAAGAAACAAGAUGAUGACAAAGAUAGAAGGGACAAAGAUGAAAGAGACAAAAGAGAUCGAUCCAGAAGCCCACGAAGGCGCAAAUCCAGGUCAUCUUCGCCACGGAGGAGAUCUCCAGGCAGAAGAGAGAGGAAGAGAAGCCACUCUCAUUCACCCCGACACAAGACAAAAAGUCCUAGCCCUUCUCCGGUUUUUGAGAAGGAAGAGCCAGAGAUACAGGAACCAGAGCCGUCUCUUAAAGUGAAAGAACCAUCUGUACAAGAGGCAACGUCAACUAGUGAUAUUCUGAAGUCCACCAAACCAGAACCUGUCCCUGAUACCAAGGAUACAUCACCAGAACCAAAUUCUCGUAAAACUAAAGAGAAAGAGAGACAUCGCCACAGGUCUCGCUCACGCUCGAAAUCAAAGUCUCGUUCACCUUCCCAUUCAAGGCCACGAAGACGGCAUCGUUCCAGAUCAAGGUCUUACAGCCCAAGAAGACGACCUAGCCCCCGACGUAGACCAUCUCCACGAAGGAGGAGCCCCCCUCGACGAAUGCCUCCACCACCGAGACACAAAAGAAGCAGAAGUCCAGUUAGACGGAGAAGACAUUCUUCAGCAUCUUUGUCUGGAAGCAGUAGCUCCUCCUCCUCAUCACGGUCACCGCCACCCCCUAAGAAGCAACCUAAAAGAAUCUCUUCCAGUCCACCACGCAAACCUCGUCGUUCCUCCCCAUCUGCAAGCCCACCACGGAGGCGAUAUAGGCAAUCUCCGCCCCCAAGCCCACCUCCAAAAAAGCGUUCUCCAUCACCACAGCAGUUUUCUCGUCCAAGAAAGAUUAGAGGAUCUGUUUCCCCUGUUCGGGUUCCAGCACCAAAACACACAAUUACAGAGAAGCGGAAGACUCCAUCACCACCCCCAAAACCACGCAAGAGAGAUGUAUCAGAUUCUGAUGAUGAAAAAGGAGGCAAAAUAGGAUUAUCUGAUUCAGUGCAGCAGCGUCGCCAAUAUAGAAGACAGAAUCGGCAGUCUUCCUCAGAUUCUGGAUCAUCAUCCUCUUCAGAGGAUGAGAGGCCAAAGCGCACAGGAGUAAAGAAUGGAGAAGUUGGGAGAAGGCGCAGGCGUUCACCAUCAAGGAGCCCCUCUCCAAGGAAGAGACCCAAGGACCUAUCCCCACAGAUGCAGAGUAUGAAAAGGUGGCAAUCGCCUCUUAAAAGCCGCAGGAGGAGGAGUCCAUCUCCACCUCCAGCCAGAAGGCGUCGCAGCCCGUCUCCAGCUCCACCCCCUAGGAGACGACGUUCACCUUCUCCACAGAGGCGCAGGUCUCCCUCUCCUCGCAGGCAGUCACCUUCACAAAGAAGAUACUCACCACCUAUUCAGAGGAGGUACUCCCCCUCUCCACCACCCAAAAGGAGAACUUCUUCACCACUUGCUCAGGCACCUUCAAAGAGAAGAGUGUCACAGUCUCCUCCACCAAAGCACAGAGUGUCACAUUCACCACCACCAAAACCUAAAGGAUCUCCAGGUGCAAAGAGGCGUUCUCCAUCACUGCCGUCUAAGCACAGAAAAGGAGCCUCCCCAAGCAGGUCAGGACGUGAAGCACGUUCCCCACCCCAACCUAAACGUUUAUCCGUCUCUCCGCACCCACUGGCAGCCUGUGGGUCCGAAAGCCCAUCAGCACACAGGAGAGGCCAAUCUUCAUCUCCUCCAAGGAGGCUGAAGUCCCCUUCCCCAAGUACACGGCCUAUAAGACGAGUAUCCAGGACGCCGGAACCGAAACAGCAAGUCAAAAAGGCGUCUCUAAGUCCUCAGCCUAGAAGAGAUUCAUCUUCCAGAUCUGUUUCUGGAUCCCCUGACCCAGCUCCGAAAAAACAAGUUGUUUCACCCUCUAGAUCUCCUUCCCACUCUGGCAACUGGUCUCCAGCUCCACCUCCUGCUAAGAAGGCAAAGAGCCUGACGCCUAGCCCAUCUCCUGCUCAGACUUCAGAUCAGGAUGGUGGUGGGGGAAAGAAGAAGAAAAAGAAAAAGGACAAAAAACACAAGAAAGAGAAGAAGCACAAGAAACACAAAAAGCAUAAGAAAGAAAAGGCUGCAGCUGCUACUUCCCCAGAAGCAGCCCAAUCCGAUGCAGACCCCGAAGAAAAGAAGGAGACUGAAAGUGACGGAGAAGGAAAUCUGGACGAUUUGGAGAAGCAUUUACGAGAGAAGGCUCUGCGUUCCAUGAGGAAAGCGCAGGUUUCCCCUCAGUCCUAGUUCUUUUCACAUGUGCUACAUUGAACUUUUUUUUUUUUUUUUUUUGGUUGUACCUUCCCCCUGUUUUCAGAUGGCUUAAUGAUUUUGGAAGGUUAGAGUAUUCCAAGUGUUACUAGGUUGAGGUUUUGCUUCUUACGUCAAAUAAAUAAAUAAAUAAAUAAAUAUGGUGAUGAGCCGAUUGGUAACAGUUUCAGCUGUAAGAUGAGUUAGUGGGAAUCCACUGUUAUUGCAAACCUUGAACAUUUAUUGUAUUGGCCCAAUGCUGUAGUGUCAGUGUUGACAUUUGGUUAAAAUCUUUUCAAAAUUUUUUGUGCUUUUAAUAUUUUUCUGUUGUCUUGCCAUGACUUUCCCAGAUUUAAUAAAGUGUACAGACAAUUGUUUAUUUUCAUAACCAUUACGUGACUCGCAUAACCAUUACGUGAGAGGGCAGCCCCAAGCAUCUGGGUUUAGCAAUUCUGUUAAUACGUUAACAAUGAUAAGUGUGACAUUGUGUUCUAUACCUGUGUAUGAGGCCAUUAAAACCAGUAUACCUCUGGGUCUGCUAUAUUCAACACACGUCCUGUUUUCAACAAUGUUGUGGACAUGUGUAUCCUUUUGAGAAGCUAACAUGGUACACUGGAAAACUUCACUUUUUUUAAUAAUUUUUUUUUUUUUUUUUUUUGAAGGGGUUGGGUUGUUGCCUCCAUUCCUAAAGUUGCAUAACUGCUGUCUCUGCCAGAUGAUACCUGUUUCCAAAUCUAGAUAAAAUGACUUGGUCUCUGACUAUUGUAUUUUUCUUUUUGCAAAAGAGAAAACAUAAGUUGUGUAAAGCUUGUGGAUUAAACAAAGUUGAAUUUCUACAUUUAAA